UGCAUUUGAUACUGGAAGACGACGCGACAAUCUAGGUGUUACAUACCAUACACGCAUGCCAUUGCAGUUAUGGAAGGCCAUCUCAUCAUUUGGGUGCUGGUGAUGCUUAUGAUACAGAACUUCUGCUACAAGAUAAGUAAACAAGCACUUGUGUUCUUGUACUUAUGGAACUUUUGACUCUACAUACCUCUUCACCACACAACACAACGGUAAUAGAUUCAUGAUUCUGUAGUUCUUCAAUAGAACUACAGCUCGCUCAUCAUAUAUUCUGCACCUGAACAAGUUUUCAGAGUUAUCACGUGAGCAAUACGUCACGUGUUAGGACUUCUUUCCGAUGUCCACGGUCAUGCCCUUAUUUGGCAAUCACCCAAAAAAUGCAGACUCGUUGGUGUAGAAAGGAAGUUGAAGUAGCAAUGUUGCGAGGUGAACUUAUAUAAAGGUUGGCUGGUAACGAUUUCCAUCGCAAUGACUAACAACAACACGAGCAACGGUCUCAAUUCCUGAUCAGGUCUCCUAAGGUUGAGAUUAGUGCAAUUUAGAACAAGCAUGAUGGAAUUGUCGAGGAGUCCACGGGUGUCUUAGUUACGAACUCCUACAUUUGCUUUUUCAUCUGAUCAUCACGAACAUGCUUUUACUUUUCAAUACUUCUAGCAUCUUUUUCCUUCCUCCAGUCCCACUCCAAGCGAAUAUCAUGCCUUGUUAUGUGUUUUCCAACACAUUGAUCUUCUCAAUAUUCAUUCCGCAUCACGUGGAAUGUUUACCUAUGUCGGAGGCUAAACUACCCCCUUGGCAUCGGAAUUGACCGAUUCUCGAAUGGGAAAGCUUGAAAAGUCUAAAUAUUUCUCCACUUCCUCACACCUUUUUCCACAGUGCACCGCUCUUCUCGAGUUGUCAAUUACAUACAUCUUUAUAUCAUCAAGUCGAUUCUGGUAUCCUUACUGUUAUAAGAUUUCACCAUAAGGUGUAGCAUAUGACACCGGGAGAGAAAAACGAUGCAGAGGACAGCUGCUUAAAAAACCCAGGCGUCUUUACACCUAGUGUAAACGAUUGUUCUCAAAAUAAAAAUUUCGAAAAAUAUGGGGUAAACUCGAUUUCACCUAAAUCGGAGGGUCUAGACAACGACAACGACAACAACGCAGAAAACCCUAUCACUUUCAACGAGAAUCUUGAAAAGGGCGUUGUUCAGAAUGGUUCCGAACAACCAUGUGAUGGAACUUCAAUUUCAGAUGAUGAAAAGGAUAACUUUCCCGACGGUGGUUUGAAGGCUUGGUCUGUGGUUGUAGGAUCGUUCUGUGGCUCAUUUGCAGUCUUUGGAAUCCUCAACUGCAGUGGUAUCUUGCUCGACUACUUCUCCACUCAUCAAUUACAAGGCUAUGCAACUGGUGAUGUUGGAUGGAUCUUUGGAGUGUCACUUUUCUUGACCUUCUUGGGUGGUACACCAGUUGGUCCAAUCUUCGAUGCAUAUGGCCCCAGAGUCUUGAUCUUCUGUGGAAGCAUCUUGUUGAUUUUGUCCAUGAUGUUGCUUGGAUUAUGCGGUGAAUAUUGGCAGAUUUUUAUAGUCUAUAGUGUUCUCAAUGGUAUUGGUGGAGCCAUGGUGAACACUCCAUGUAUUUCUUCAAUCGCUCAAUACUUUCAAGCAAAGAGAGCUUUUGCUACUGGUAUUGCAAUGACGGCUGGAAGUGUUGGUGGAGUUGUAAUCCCUCUGAUGCUGCAACGCCUCUUUCCCACGAUCGGUUUUGCAUGGGCAACACGGAUAUUGGGAUUCAUCCUUCUUGUGCUCCUCAUAUUAACAAACCUCCUCGUCACUAGCCGUCUUCCCAAAAAGCCGCUUCCUAGCAUGAAGAGCAUUCUUCCGUAUUGGCCUGCGUUCAAGGAGCCGUCUUUCGUCUUCCUUACCAUAGCGAUCUUCCUCCUCGAAUGGGGAAUUUUUGUCCCUCUGACGUACAUCACACCCUAUGUCGUCGCAAAUGGUCAAUCGACAUCAUUCGGCUUCUACAUAGUUUCCAUUCUCAAUGCCGGUUCAUUCGUCGGCCGAUUGGGAGCAGGCUAUGUGGCCGAUCGCCUUGGCUAUGUGAAUACACUCAUUAUCUCUGUCGCUUUCUGCGUAGUAACAUGUCUAGCACUGUGGCUACCAGCUGGUGAUUCCCAAGCAAUAGCCCUUGUUUUCGCUGUAUUAUUUGGACUUGUGAGCGGUAGUAAUCUCAGUCUGAGUCCGGUAUGCGUUGGUCAGCUGUGUGGGGUUGAAAAAUUCGGUACUUACUAUUCUACAUGUUGGAUGAUAGUUUCAUUUGGCACUUUGACUGGAUUGCCUAUUGCUGGACAGAUCCUGACGGCUAGCAGAGGCGAUUAUACAUGGUUGAUUGUUUUUGCUGGGCUCUCCUAUGCACUGGCUGGGACCUUCCUCGUUGCUGCAAAAGUCGCAAAGCUCGGAUGGUCGAUUACUAAGAAAUACUGAUAACACUGAAUGGUUUAUGAUGCAGAUGAUUGUCCAUCUCGGAUUUUUCUCUCUCGAAGUUUACACAGCUACCUAGUAAAUGUCUUUUAUCUGAGUGGAAAAAUGGUAUAGGACAGAACGACCUCGUUUAAGUGGAGUCUUGGUGCGAUCAUCUCGACAAUUCUAUUUCUUGACACUCAUUCCACAUGCAUUUGCACACGAUUGUUUUCUUACAAAAUUGAAAAAGAGAUGGAUGAAACAAUAAAAUAGAUUGAACCCAGAAUGCCAGGGUGGAAAUACUAAAUAGGGAGGAGGAUUUAGCGAGUUGUUUGUGGUACUUGGAUAUCUAAUGGACCUUACUCUCUCUAUACACAUAUCUUGAAUAUGCAGCAUAUAUACAUAGCAAUAUUACACACUCAUUUAUAUCC